UCCUCCGGAAGUGCCACUGAGAAGCGCCGUGCUCCAGGCUAUCUAGAGCGACCCGGGAAAGUCUGGGGCUGCCCUUAGAGCGAGAGUGUCUGUGACGGGACGGCCGCUUGGCCAGCCCCUCCACUCGGUGAUGGUCGUUGUCCUCCAGAACAGGGAUGGAGGAAAUAUCUGCCCAGGAAGCAGCAGGAUCACCAAUUGUCCAGUUUCAGUCUUUGGAGAGCCCAUCUGAGGGUCUGUCCCCAGAGCCUCUGUUCGAGCAGGACACCGACAUGGAACAGGAGCUCAAUGGGGCUCCACCUGUUCCCCAGGUGCCUGCUCUUCCCCAUGAGGGAAGCCCAGGAGACCAGGCAGCUACGCUCCUGACAGCCAGGUACCAGGAGUUUGUGACAUUCGAGGAUGUGGCUGUGCACCUUACUCGAGAGGAAUGGGGAUGCCUGGACCCUGUUCAGAGGGAUCUCUACAGAGAAGUGAUGUUAGAGAAUUAUGGGAACGUGGUCUCACUGGGCAUACUUCUCCGCCUUCCUACCACCCGGAUUCAUAGUGUGAAUUCCUGCCCGGCCCUGAGUCAUACCCAGGCAAGUGCUUUCUCUGGAGAAACACUUGCGGUUCUUUCAGCAGGAAUCUCCAAGAGAUGGCCCAGGUAUCGGCUUCCCAUCGAUAUUGCUCGUCCCUGCUCGGAAACCCCUUUUCCACGAUUGUAAGAUAUUAUACUUGAUUGAUGCUCUCAGGAUGCCACCACUGUGUAAAAUUGCAGCUCCUCAGAUGACCUUUGUUAAAUUUCUGAAGGGCCAAGGAGGCCCUGUUGCAGCCAAAUACAGUUUGAACCUGAAUUCUGAGUUCAUUCAUAAGCCACGGUUGGUGGUCAUCUACUUGUGUUCUGAGAAACCACAGAGUUCAACUCCAGUUCUUCAGUUAUGAUCUUUUCAUGUUGUUUUAGAAUGUGGAACAUAUACUGUGCACCCCCACCCCUUUUCUGUAGUGAAUAUGACCUGCCCCUCCUAUUGUCUGACUUUCCUGCAACCCCUGGGCUUUCCUCAUAUUUAACACUCCAGUCUUCUCCUUUAAGUCCCCAUGGCCCCCUCCAAGGCCCUGACUUUAUCCCCUUUAUUCUUCAUGGUGCUAUACAGAUUGAUGCAUUUGAAUGACCUUUCCUGAUCAAGUGUUCCUUAGCUCUGUCCUUGAUGGAUGGGAAAUGGGAGGGCAAAGAGUUUAAUUUCUUUAUUUCAGGGUAUGAAAUUGAAUGUAUAUUUAACAACUUUGUAAACUGUAAAGUGAUGUAAUUGUAAACUACUGUUAAUUUUAUCUAAUAAUUACAUAAUUUCCAACAGUUAAUCUGUCUACUUUUUGGAGUAAACAAACUUUUUAGCACUUUAAUUAGCCUAGUAGCACAGUGUGCUAUUAGACUGAACUUUAUCCCAUUUCCUGUGUCAUCUCUGUAUAUAUACAGGACAUGCAUGCACACACACAGACUGGCUACAAACACAUACAAGAAACUCUCCUGUUUACCUUACUUUUGUGACCAAGCCAGCAUCUUUUUAGUAAUUAUUUUUUAUAGUCCUUAGGAAGUUGUUUUCAUAUUUGUGGGCUCAGCAAACUCCACCUGAUGUGUAAGUUUAUACACUUAUUUAGCUUAAUAUUUGGUGUUGUAAAAUAUGGACAUUGUAAUUCAGUUCCUGACUUACCAGCCCCACUGUCAGGUUCACAUCUUUUUCCUUCGGUAGUAGCUCAAUUGUAUUUGUCACAGACAUCAAAACUUUUUUGUUUGGGUAAGUGCUUCUACUAUUUAGUAGUAAACAUACAGAGUAUAAGCAGCUGAGUAAAAGAAUAAAGUAAGUAAAAAGUCCUAUUUUUCAUUACCAAAUCUAAAAAGAAUCAUGUUCUAUUGACAGCGAAUGAAUUACUGACUUGAGGGUCAUACCCAAAGGGAAUUUAUCUGUGAUUUAGUGCUGGAGGUUAAGACCAGGAAAGUGGCCUGGAUUGCAUUUCACACAGGGUCAUUGUGGCUGGUACCUUAUUAGAUGAUAUCAGAAAACAUGCCUAUCAGAAUUCUAACUGUUAAGGAAGUUGAUAAAUCAGGAAAUGUUUGGCACAUAAACCUUUGCUUUUCGAAGUUGAUGUCAUUAGGACAAAAAUGAUUUUGUAUAGAAUGUCUUUUACUGCCAUGGCUAUUUACUGUUUAUUGAGAGCCAAUUUGUUACAAGGUACUAUACAUAGCUCAUUUAAUCCUUACCAUAACCCUGUGAGCAGAUGUUAUUCUAUUUUAUACCUGAGGAGACUGAGGCUCAAAAGUUAACUGAUCUGUGCAGGGUCAGAACUAGGCAUAGGGACACCUUGGUGGCCCAGCGGUUGAGCGUUCACCUUCGGCUCAGGUCGUGAUCCUGGGGUUUGGAAUCAAGUACCACAUUGGGCUUUCCACAGGGAACCUGCUUCUCCCUCUGCCUGUAUCUCUCUCUGCCUCUCUUUCUCUCUCUGUGUGUCUCUCAUGAAUAAAGAGAUAAAAUCUUAAAAAAAAAAAAAAACUAGGCGUAGGACUCAGAUCUGAAUCUGAAGCUCAUGCUCUUUUUCAUUGUUUUGCCCCUUAGGACAAUUAGUCCAACCACAUAUGGUGGGGUUUUUGUUUGUUUGUUUUAUUUUUUAUUUUUUUUAAAAGAUUUUAUUUAUUUAUUCAUGAGACACAUAAAGAGAGAGAGAGGCAGAGGGAGAAGCAGGCUCCAUGCAGGGAGCCCGACGUAGGACUCAAUCCUAGGGCCCCAGGAUCAUGCCCUGGGCUUAGGGUGGCACUAAACCGUUGAGCCACCCGGGCUGCCCUGUUUGUUUGCUUUAAAGCUUUAUCUCUCUCUCUAUCUCUUUCUCCUUUUUUUUUUUUUUUAAGAUUUUAUUUAUUCAUGAGAGACAGAGAGAGAGAGAGAGAGAGAGGCAGAGACAGAGGCAGAGGGAGAAACAGGCUCCAUGUAGGGAGCCUGAUGCGGGACUCGAUUCCGAGUCUCCAGGAUCAUGCCCUGGGCCGAACUGCUGAGCUACCUGGGCUGCCCUAUCUAUCUCUUUAUUUAAAGAGAGAGAACAAUGGGGAGGGGCAGAGGGAGAGAAAGUCCCAAGCUGACUGUGCUCAGCACAGUGCUCAAUGUGGAGCUUGAUCUCACGACCCUCUCAGAUCAUGGGCUGAGCUGAAACCAAGAGUCAGACACUCAACCCACUGUGCCACUCAUGGGCUCCACAUAUGAUUUUUUAAUAUUCUUAUGGCUUUAUACUCUGAUGACAAUUAGAAAUUUCAUAGCCAUGAAAAAUUGGACAGUUGGGUAUUAAGUUGUACAGUUUGUGAGCAGAAAGAACAUGCAUUCGAGAAGAAAUAAAAUCGUCUAGGGGUACGUUCCAUUAAAUCUACACAAGAACAGUAUUACCAAGGAGGGAUUUUAUUUGUAUAUUAAGGACCAAGAAGAAGGGCAUAGAGCUUUCAUAAAGCUUCCUUGGGUUGGUGUCAAGGACUAAAUUAGAUUAAAUUAUGUGUGUAAGUACCUGGCUUACGGUAGUUAUUUAAAUGAAAUUUUGGAAAGGACUUCAAGUGAUAAGAGCUAGAGAUAAGAUUUAAAAAUUAUUUAAAAAAAUUUUAAAGUAGGCACUAUGCUCAGCAUGGAGCCCAGCAUGGGGCUUGAACUCAUAACCCUGAGAUCAAGGCCUGACCUGAGAUCAAGAGUCAGAUGUUAACCAGCUGAGCCACCCAGGUGCGCCAGAUCAGAUUUUUUAAAACAAAUUUCAGGACUGUGUUCAAAUUAUUUUUUUAUAGUGGAAUUUCCUCAAAUUGAAUAUUACUCAUACUUUUGUGUAGGAGUUGGAUUUUUUUUUUUUAUAAAUGUGUGUGAUUUUUUUUAAGUUUUUAUUUAUUUAUGAUAGGCACACAGUGAGAGAGAGGCAGAGACACAGGCAGAGGGAGAAGUAGGCUCCAUGCACCGGGAGCCCGAGGUGGGAUUCGAUCCUGGAUCUCCAGGAUCGCGCCCUGGGCCAAAGGCAGGCGCUAAACCACUGCGCCACCCAGGGAUCCCAGGAGUUGGAUUUUUAAAGAGACUUUCAUUUCUUUGAUAAUGAGUCAUAUUUUUGUGUCCUUUUUAAAAUUUUAAUUUUUUUUAGAAAUAUAUAUAUAUAUAUAUAUAUAUAUAUAUAUAUAUAUACACUUAGAUUUUUAUUUAUUUAUUCAUGAGAGUUACAGAGAGAGAGGCAGAGACAUAGGCAGAGGGAGAAGCAGGCUCCAUGCAGGAAGCCUGAUGUGGGACUUGAUCCCAGGACUCCAGGAUCAUGCCCUGAGCCAAAGUCAGAUGCCUAACUGCUGAGCCACCCAGGCAUCUCUUUUUUUUUUUUUUUUUUUUCAGGCAUCUCUUUAUUUUAUUUUUUUAGAUUUUAUUUAUUCAUGAGGGACCUAGGCAGAGGGAGAAGUAGGCUCCUCACGGGGAGCUUAAUGGGAAACUCAAUCCUAGGGCUUUGGGAAAUCGACCUGAGCCAAAGGCAGACACUCAACCUCUGAACUACCCAGGUGCCCCUUAGUUUCCUUUUAAUUAGAAUAUCCUUGACUCCAAAUCUGUUGAAUCCUGACUUUCUGUGUAUUAAUCUAGUGACCUGUUCUUUUUAUUAUUUUUACCUUUUACUCCAUCGUCAGUAUGUUGAUCUUCUGUUGUUUUUCUGUAUGUAUUUUGGAGGAAGGGAUAGAUUUCAUUCACAAUCAUUUUUUACUAGUAGACUAUGUAAAAGCCAGGUUCUGAAAGAUUGUUUGGGUUUGAGGCCUAGCUUCACCAAUUACUGUGACCUUGAGCAAGUUACUUAACCUCUCAAUCUUAGUUUUAUUAUUUGUACAAUGGUAGUUUCUACUUCUUAAAGUUAUGAUGAGUAUUAAGUUAUUGACAAUCUGGAAAGUUCUUGGUGUGGUCCUGUGGUCCUUUACACCCACUACAUGUGCAGUACACCUUAACUUAAUAUUUUAAUUAGACUGAUGAUAGAGCUGAUUUUAAGUUUGUAUUUCAAACCCUGUUCUCUCAUUGACACUGUAGUCUUUUACCUCGCACUGCCUACUAGGGAUUUUCUCUUAUUCCUCCCUGCAUUAACUUAAACACAGUCUAAAACCAAACCUAUCUUUCCAUGUGGAAACCAUCUUUUUUUUGUUGUAUCUAGGUGAUAUAGGUGUAGAUAUAGAAUAACCAAAAUUUGCUUCGGUUAUCAAAUACUUAGAAACACUUUAAUAUCUGAGUAAAAGUAACAAAUUCUGUUAGAAUUCUGAGCAGAAUAUUUGCUGCUUCAUGUCACACUUUUUUUUAAAACUUGCAAAACUUUCAUUUGACUCGAAGGACCUCAACUAAAUAAGCAUCCAAGCAUCCAAAAGAGGGAAUAGACAAUUAAUGCCCAGCAGGAAUUCAGAAACACAGUAAAUGCCUUAUAUCUGUUCUGCUCUGUCUGUUCAUAGUCUCUCACAUGGAAUUCCAAGAGGACAGCUGUUGGUUUGUCAUAUUUUCCAGGCCCAGCACCCUUUUAGAAACUGGUUAUCUGUUAUAUGUUGACACUAGGACACAAAAUUGGCGCUCAAUAAGUAGGUCUUAAGUAAAUAAAUCCGAAGUAGUAUAAGAUACAUGGUCUGUUCUAGUAAGAGUUUAUAAAUGAAGUAGGGAUGAUAAUUCCUGAAACCAAUUAAAUAAAAAUCUAUAAACUCCAUUAUAUAGUGACAUGUCAGGAUAAGGGGAACGAAUAAUAAAUUGUGUAGACAUUGAGUACGUGGGGAGAAAGGCUUUUGGAAUUGACAAGCUUGAGCUAGUCCUUGUAUGUGUGCUACUAGAAGAUUUCUGGGCUGAAGACAUAAAAACUGCCCUUUUGAUACUAUAAUAGUUCUGCCCCCUCAGGAUCAGACUGCUUCUUGCUUUUGCUUUAAAGGAGAUUAGAUCCUAAGAGUCCAUUAUGUAAGUCAAGAAAGACCAUUUUUAUUUGAAAGUUCACAUUUAUUGCACUUUCUCUCUAUAUUGGAUUAUAGUUGGUUGUUUUUCUAUUUUUACAUACUUUCCAUAUGGGAGACCCCCCCAUAGAUGUUUGUUGAAUAAACAAAAGUGUAAGCUUCUAAUUGGUAAGAAUGUGUUAUGCUAUUUUGUUUUUUCGUAUGCCCUGAAGUGAAUUGAGAUUGGUGAAGUUUCUUGAGAUUGGUUCUUAGAAUAUAUAUUCAGUCUUCACUGAUUCUUUUGCUCCAGUUUAGCUCACCACACAGCAUGUGCUUAAGUAUUCACCUUCUUCCAGUCCAGUGAAGUUAUAUUUUGAUGACUUCCCUUUUGAUCAGGUCUAAUACUUGUAGACCAGUUCUAAUACAAAAAUUAAUCAAUCUAUAGGCAACAGCUGAAGAGUAAAUAUGAUCACUUCUGUGAAGACAGGUACAUACCCAUGCUCAAAUUCCCUUGUUUGAAUAAUGUAUAAAUGAAUACUUCUCCCAAAGUCAUCAAUGCCCUGUAACACACCUCUUUCCGGAGCACAAAUAAGAGCUCCUUGUAGAGGAUCUUUGCCCUUCUCACUCUCCAGGGCUUCCCUAAUGUCUUCUAAGAAUUUACUUUCUCUAUCUACUAACCAUUAGUUAAAAGAAAAAAUGGCUUGGUAUAGUGUCUGGGGAUAAAUUGCCACAUCCCAUUUCCUUC